AUGCUGCAGCAGAUCCUGCACGACAUGUACAUCGACCCCGAGCUCCUGGCCGAGCUCAGCGACGUGCAGAAGCACAUCCUCUUCUACAAGAUGCGCGAGGAGCAGCUGCGGCGCUGGCGGGAGCGCGAGGCCUGGGAGGCCCUGGCCCAGGCGGAGGGCCUCAGGCCCCCGAAGGUCAAUGACAAGCACAUCCAGUGGCUGCUGGGGGAAGAUGGCGAGGUCUGGGUCUGGAUCAUGGGAGAAGGCCCUGGCGACAAGCCCUAUGAAGAGAUCUCGGAGGAGCUGAUUGCAGAGAAAGCAUGGCUGCAGGCGCAGAGGGAGGCCGAGGAGCUCUGGAGACAGAAGGAGGCAGAGAUCACCAAGAAGUUCCGGGAUGCUCUGGCCAAUGAGAAAGCCCGGAUCAUGGCGGAAAAGUGGAAAGAGGAGAUGGAGGACCGCAAGGCUGCCAAGGUCCUGGAGGAGCGCAUUCACGAGGAAUUCAAGAGGAAAGAGGAAGAGGAGCGGAAGCGAGGGGAAGAGCAGAUCCGCCGCCAGGAGGAGCAGAGGGCCAGGGAGCUGUACUGGACGCUGAAGCAGGCCCAGCUGCAGAGCCAGGCCAGCGAGAAGGAGGAGCGCGAGUGGGAGGAGCAGUUGCGUCGGUCCAAGGCAGCUGACGAGGAGAGAAGGCGCCGAGCCCAGCGCGCCCGGGACGAGUACCGGCGCCUCUCGCUCCGUGCCAUCCAGAAGGGCACCGUCGCUGGCCUCAGCUUCAUGUUCCAAGAGCUUGGCCAGAGCCACGAGCAGGAGGCCAGGCUCUACCACCACUUUCCGGGCCCGGGGCCGCUGCUGCCCCUCGCGGGGCCUGUCAGGACUUGGGAGCGCCCUCUGCGUCCGGUCUCCAGAGAAAUCAUAGUCCGCUGGUUCAAGGAGGAGCAGCUGCCUCGCCAAGCUGGCUUCGAGAGGAACACCAAAUCCAUCGCCCCCUGGUUCCAUGGAAUCAUUAGCCGAGAAGAUGCAGAAGAUCUCCUUGAGAAGAUGACUGAGGGAGCAUUUCUGGUCCGGGUCAGUGAGAAAAUCUGGGGCUACACCCUCUCCUAUCGCCUGCAGAAGGGGUUCAAGCACUUUCUCGUGGAUGCCUCUGGGGACUUUUACAGCUUCCUGGGAGUGGACCCCAAUCGCCACGCAACGCUCACCGAUCUCAUUGAUUUCCACAAGGAGGAAAUCAUCACUGUUUCGGGGGGAGAGCUGCUGCAGGAGCCCUGUGGCCAGAGGGACAGCCCGCCAGACUACCAUCUGCUGUUUGAAUGACGCUUGCCCCUUAGCCAGUGGACUCCUUUAGGCAUCCUUUUUUUUUUUGACCCAAGAACUUCUCAGCUCAAAUUCUUCUGGCCUUCUGGAAGAUUCACCACCAUCCAAAGGAUUAAGUAGAUUAGAAUGUCUCAAGAGCUAUGAAAGAUAGGGCCUCUGUGCUGCCGGCCCCUGUCCCAGUGCUCAGGCCAGAAAUGGCUACUGGUUGAUGCAGAGCUUUCAUGAAGAGUUUGGAUAGGAUGUCAGACGAUGAAGCCUAUUUGUUGUGGCUGCUCUAACUCAGCUCCUAGAGCCCAUGGAUCAUGUUUUUAUAAUCCAAAAUAAUGCCAGUGCCGAACUCUGAAUUCAACAU